AUGAUCACCAUUGUCAAAAUGGGCGAGAGCAGAGGAAGCAUCGCCUUCUUUGCGUGCUACAGGCCUCCAGUGCCCCUGGACAUAUUCUGCUGUCCAGCUUCAGCAUCAUCAAGGCAGGACGAGCGGCACUUGACGGAUGGCGUCUCGUACAACUACAACGGCCAACCCAUUCCAUCUGCGGCCCUCAAGGCGAUCGUCAAGCACCUAGAUCUGGCUCCUGAAGACGUUGAAGAAGCCGCCAUCGAUUCAGGCCGUCUCACCGGCCUCGUCUUCGUCUCUGAAAGACAACACCACCUCGAGACUCUUCAGAUAGGCCUGCGCUUCGAUGAUGGCGACGAAGUCAGGGUCUUCACCUUGGGGGACAUCUAUGGCGGCGACUUUUUCAGUGGUGCCCGUCUGGAGGACAGCGGCUGCAUCGCAGGAGGCUACGAGGUGGAUGGUCACACAGCUGACCAUUACCUCGUCUUCGUGUCCACGAAGGAGCCCGUGCAAGAACGCCGUAGCCCCUGGAAUGUCGUCUACAAAACUAAUCUCAGAACAGGCGAAACUGAGCGCCUAACUCCACCAGGGACGUCCGAUUUAAGCCCCUCUGUGUCACCAUCUGGGAAGAGAAUAGCAGUGGCUUCGUUCCAAGGAAAGAAAUGGGAUGGUGAAGUUAAAGACUUGCUGACAAGCAUUUACGUGAUGGACCUAGAGAGCACAUAUCUGGAGCGCGAGCGGGUGAUCGAGAACGCUGGCUGGCCAUCAUGGGGAAGCGAAACAGUACUGUUUUUCCAUAAAAUGGUUGGGGAUAACUGGGGUGUAUUUCGGUACGACUUGAGCACCGGUGAGACCCUCCGUGUGACCCCGGAGGCAUUCGAUGCAGUGACUCCAGCAGCCAUCGAUGAGAGCAGAGUGGCUGUGGCAACCAUCCGCCAGAAGUCUGUGUUCACUGACGUCCGUACUGAAGCGCAGUACCGUCACAUCGAGAUUUUUGACAUGAGUUUGCCGGAGGAGCCACUUCAAAUCACUCGGUAUACCAAGCCAAAAGGCGACCAUUACAACCCCUUUGUAAUGGAUGGUGGCAAGUACAUUGGCUAUCAUCGUUGCAAAAGCGACCAUCUCGAGCAUGGAGAUGAUGUCCCGAGGCGGUUCGACAAGCUGCAAUCCCAUCAUGAGGAUAUUGGUCUGUUUAGGGUUGCCGGUGCAUUCCCGGCAUUUUCCAAAGAUGGCUCUAAGCUUGCAUUCGUCGAUAACGAAUUCAAAGCCGUGUGGCUGGCCGAUAGUGACGGAAUGCGUGUUGUCUUCGAAACGGAUGGCCCCGAUGGCGUCUUCUCACCGGUGUGGAACCAAAAGAAGGAUAUACUUUAUGUCUGUAUGGGACCGUCUUUCAAAGCCAACGAAAUAUUGGAGAUCUAUGCCAUCCCUCACGUAUCGAGUGGUGCACGAGAGCGGCGACUGCUCACGAAGGGAAAAUUCAAUAAUGCAUUCCCAUCCACCAAUUCAGACGGGACAAAACUUGUUUUCCGAUCGACAAGAAAUGGGGGAGACAAAAAGUACAAGAAUCUAUACAUGAUGGACGCAGAGAUCGGGGAGGACGGUGGUGAAGCGGAACGGAUAACAGAGGGCGAUUGGAUUGACACACACUGCCAGUGGUCGCCGGACAGGGACUGGAUCGUGUUCUCGUCAAACCGUGACAGGCCCGCGGACGCUCCGGAGCGCGACCAUGGUAUGGACCCAGGGUACUUUGCUGUUUACCUGAUGAACGCAAUCGACUACUCUGUGGUGAGGGUAAUCCGGAGCGGGUAUGACUUCUCCGGGCACGUGAACCACCCGGUCUUCAGCCCGGAUGGGCGGAGCAUCGUCGUGACGGCAGAUCUUGCCGCGGUGUCUGCUGACCCAAUGUCGCUGCCGCUCUUGUUGCAUUCGCAGAGGCCCUACAGCGACAUCUUCACCGUUGAUAUCGACCCGGAUGACAUGGAGAAGAACCAGGAUGUGGAGGAGUUUGCCCGAGUCACACAUAGCAGGUACGAGAACGCCACUCCUGACUGGACCGUGUUCUCGACUCACGAUCCGCAUGCGCAGUGGAACCUCCUGGUCAUGGAGGACAACUACACCCCGGCGUGCCCGUAUGCGCAUCAUGAUGGGGGUGAAAGCUGGCACAUGACAGGCCAGAUGUGCAUCCCGAAAAGGGUCUGUUGA